UACACAAAUAACAAGAUAGUCACUUUAGUAGCAGCACCGAUUUCGAAUUUUAGCAUUUCUGAAUUCCGACGGGCGGUUACCGGAAAACAUGUCGGAGACCGAUAGAGAGCGUCCGUUAUUAGAAUCGGAGGAUAGAGCUUAUGAAGAAACCGAGAAAGUUCUCAUAGUCGGAAUCGACGAAGAAGAAGACGCUGAUUACGACGACGACCCCGGAAACUCACCAAAAUUCUCAUGGAAGAAGCUUUGGCUAUUCACCGGACCUGGGUUUCUGAUGAGCAUCGCUUUCCUCGAUCCAGGUAAUCUCGAGAGCGAUCUUCAAGCUGGAGCCAUCGCUGGUUACUCUUUGAUUUGGCUCUUGAUGUGGGCUACUGCGAUUGGGCUUCUGAUUCAACUUCUCUCUGCUCGUCUCGGUGUCGCGACUGGUCGACAUCUGGCGGAGUUGUGUAGGGAAGAGUAUCCGACUUGGGCAAGGAUGGUGCUUUGGAUUAUGGCGGAGAUUGCUUUGAUCGGAGCUGAUAUUCAAGAAGUUAUUGGUAGUGCUAUAGCUAUCAAGAUCUUGUCUAAUGGAUUGGUUCCUCUUUGGGCUGGUGUUGUUGUCACUGCUCUUGAUUGUUUCAUCUUCCUAUUUUUGGAGAAUUAUGGAAUAAGGAAACUAGAAGCUGUGUUUGCUAUUUUGAUUGCAACAAUGGCUCUUGCAUUUGCUUGGAUGUUUGGUCAGACUAAACCCAGUGGAACCGAACUCCUUGUUGGAGCAUUGGUCCCUAAGCUCAGUUCCAGGACUAUCAAACAAGCUGUUGGUAUUGUGGGCUGUAUUAUCAUGCCUCACAAUGUGUUCUUGCAUUCAGCACUUGUGCAAUCGAGAGAAGUUGAUCCUAAAAAGAGAUUCCGGGUCAAAGAAGCUCUUAAGUACUACUCCAUUGAAUCCACUGGUGCUCUUGCAGUUUCCUUCAUUAUCAACGUCUUUGUGACCACGGUGUUUGCCAAGUCGUUUUACGGGACAGACAUAGCGGAUACCAUCGGUCUUGCAAAUGCAGGACAGUACUUACAGGACAAAUAUGGUGGCGGGUUUUUCCCGAUACUGUAUAUAUGGGCGAUUGGAGUCUUAGCUGCUGGUCAGAGUAGUACCAUCACAGGUACUUACGCUGGACAGUUUAUAAUGGGAGGGUUCUUGAAUCUCAAGAUGAAGAAAUGGGUUAGAGCCUUAAUCACGAGAAGCUGCGCAAUCAUCCCAACAAUGAUUGUUGCGCUUGUCUUUGAUUCAUCGGAUUCUAUGCUCGAUGAGCUCAACGAAUGGCUAAACGUUCUUCAAUCUGUUCAGAUCCCUUUCGCCGUCAUCCCUCUGCUCUGUUUGGUCUCCAAUGAGCAAAUCAUGGGCAGUUUCAAAAUCCAACCAUUAGUUCAAACAAUCUCGUGGAUCGUAGCUGCCCUUGUGAUAGCCAUUAAUGGGUAUCUAAUGGUGGAUUUCUUCUCAGGAGCAGCGACGAACGUGGUAUUGCUCGUGCCAGUGAUCAUAUUCGCAAUUGCGUAUGUUUUGUUUGUGCUUUACCUUAUAUCACGAGGCCUCACGUACACUCCUUGGCAACUAGUGGCUUCACAUAAAGAACCACAGAGGGAUGAUGAGUAAGUAAAGGAAAAGCAAAGAGAGCUUUUCAUUGAAGAAUAAGAAUAAGAGAGAGAUGGCUCUUUUUUACUGAAACAAACAAUAGAAAGUUGGGUUUCAGUAUGGUAACAAUGUCAUGAUGUAUUUUGUAUAAUAGUGUUUUAUUGUUUUAGAAUAUAGUUUUGGAAGAAUC